AUGAGAUUUGUGUUUAUCGUGGCUUUCAUUGCCGCAGCAUGGUAUGCUAUGGAAAAAGCGUUGUACACUUGGCUACCCACAAACUACGUUUUCGACCCAGAGACGUUGCACAACAUCGCCAACGGUGUGAUCGCGACACACAAGACUUUGGGAGACCAAUCGACCACGGAAGCGUUGCUCAAGGACGUUAGACAGGCAUUGGCAGAUCAUUACGGCGACCAGUACAUCAACCAGUACGUGAAGGAAGAGUGGGUGUUCAACAAUGCCGGUGGUGCGAUGGGUCAAAUGUUGAUUUUGCACGCUUCGGUGUCCGAGUACUUGAUUCUUUUCGGGACUGCUGUGGGCAAUGAGGGCCACAGCGGGGUGCAUUUCGCGGACGACUACUUUACGAUCCUCAAGGGUACACAAUAUGCCUCGUUGCCUUGGAACCCUACUCCAGAGGAGUACUCUGCAGGAAUGACCCAUCACAUGCACAAGGGCUACGGAAAACAGUACGGCAUGGACAGAGAAUCGUUCGCGCUCGAGUACGCUCGUGGCUGGAUCCCAUGUAUGUUGCCAUUCGGAUUCCUCGAUACUUUCACCAGUACUUUGGAUUUCUACACGCUUUACCGCACAGUGUUUCUCACCGCUCGCGACAUGGGUAAAAAUUUGAUAUUCAACCAAAAAUUUUGA